GCGAGGGUGGUGAGAGAGAGAGAGAGAGAGAGUGUUGGUCUAAUCGUCUCGUCCUCUUCGUUUCUCCAGAAGGCGGGCUGCGAAAUGGGAAACCCUAAAUCAUUCAAGAUCCCUAUAAAUUCUCCGCUGGCAACCACUCUCAAAUCUUCUAUUUCCCACAAGCUUCUCGAAUUCCUUGGAAACUACACUGACGACGUGCUCGCUGAGUAUAUUACAGUGCUCGUUUGUAAUGGAAAGCAUCGAAAUCAAGCUAGAGAUGAUUUGGAGGCAUUUCUUGGAGAACGGAGUGAGGAAUUUGUAUCAUGGUUAUGGGAUCUUCUCUUGGACUAUGCCAAUCAAUCAAAUACAAGCAUUGUCCCGUUGGAUCCCAAGGGUGUCACCUUCAGCAGUCCCCAUGACAAUGACGCUGAUAUGGAGUACAGAGCUAAAAGGUCAAGGAACUUUCAUAAUCAUGGCACCAGCAAUGAUGAUGGAUCACCUGUAAUAUCAACUGAAGGUGAGGAGUUGCGCCACCCAUCAACCUAUGCUUUUUAUAUUCUUCCAGAUGAUACGGACUUUUCUGAGGGCUUUCAACGGUCUGCAGGUUUUGCUGCACCUUCAGAUGAUGUUAAUACUGAGAAGGUAUCCUUACUGAUGUCUGGAAAUGGUAUGCGAAGUGAACUUGAGCCAGUUGAGGACAUUUAUGAUGAUUUUUUGGCACAUGGAUGUUCUGGAAAGGAUAGCUUUUCAGUGAUGCCAGCUAGUGGAGAAGAAAGAAUUCUCUACAUGGAUAAAUAUCAGAAGAUUGUUGAUAGUAAAGCCAUUGACUUGCCUAAAAAACUUUUCUCACCCUCAAAACAGCCAUAUCCUAGAAGAUUACAGUCUUCUAUUGCAGAUAAUCCUCUUCCCAGGCAAACAUCUUCUGCCAAUGCAUAUGGAAGAAGUCUUUCUCCCAAAGUGGUCACUGCAGUAUCUCACCAGUAUGACAAGUCACGGGGUAGUGUUUGGGAUAGAUUGGGCAAGCCGCAAAAAAAUACAUUUGAAAGGAGUAAAACUGUUGAUGCACCUGGUAUUUCUAUUAGAGAGCAAAAUGGAGUUUUUCUUGACCAGAGUGUACCAGUGCUUCCUUCACCAACUGAAAGACAUAGUAAACAAGAAGCUCCUGGGCUUGGUAAUGGUGCUUACAAUUCUGGAAAAUGUAAGAAAUUGGAGAGUGGUGUGAGUACUACUGGCAAACUAAAUGGUGCCAGUAAUAUCAGGCGAAAGAGGCACUUUGGUGAGAGUAGUACUGGCCCAGGUAACAGUUCAGUUUCUUUGGUGGACAAGGGGAACAUGGAUGUUCAAUAUAAAGAAACUUCAGGAGAUUCCAAAAAGUCAAAACUGGCCGAAGAGGUUUCAGAGGCUAUGACAUUUGCUCAGAAAAUGUUAGAUUUGAAAGUAAGAUUUCAUCAACUUGAAAGGGAAAUGUGUAAGCUUCGAUCAAAGCACACAGAUCUGACAAGAGGUGGAAAGCCUGAUUUAUCAUCUAGUUCUGGUACAUUGAGACAUCCAGAGGAAGAUAUCGAGCCAAGAACUGUAUAUGUAACAAAUGUGUUGUCCCCAUUGCGACUUGAACCUGGAACCUCCCACAAACUCUUCCCAUCCCUUUGCCACUUGAGCUAGGCCUCAAGGGCAUAAUGAGUUGUUAAUUUGAAUGCAUUUAUCAUGCAAAUCCCUUUUGAAGUUUCUAUGGUUUGUUCUUGCUAGUGAGGCUUGGUUUUGUUUGUCUUGUUGUCCUUAGCUUGUCAGGGCUUAGUGUUGUUGGUUUGGGGUGUGGUUUGUUGUUUUCUCUUUUCGCUUGUUUUUUAGCACUCUUUCUAUAGUGUGUACUUGGUGCGCCUUCUUGUGCUUUUAAUCUAUUUGCUUAUUUACCUAUCAAAAAAAAGUGAGGCUUACUGAUGCAGGUUCAGUGGAUUCAGGCUGUGCUUGGGGCAACCAUCUAGAAUGUUGGGCUACUAGGUUUAUUAUGGAACUUAUUCAAACUUAUGAAACAUCUGAGGUUACAGGAUUUAUCUCAUAAUUUUUUUCUUCUCAAAAAUUGCCACGGAAUGGCAAUCCAAUUGGUGGCUAUGGAAUUCAAAAUAUUGUAUUUUUCUAGUGCUAAUGAUGUUGUAGAUGUUUAUUGUUACAUUGGGUGGGCUCACUAGAAGCUUUGCCAAAAAAUUAUUUUUUUAUUAUACUAUAUAAGAUGCCUGCAUCUUUGCAGAUAUAUAUGUGAUCAUUGGGAAUGUUUGUGAGGUCUACUAUGAGUUGAUAACUAUGAUAUGAAUUACAAAGAUAUAGAAAUAGAUUGUCCUGAGUAAACUAUCUCUUGUGGGAAGAAUUGUUAAAAAUAUUCUCUUGAUUGGUGGAGGAAAUGACUUGAAGACGGUAGGUAGCAAGGCUUCUAACUAACCAUGAGUUGCUGCAACUCUCAAACCCUCCUGUUUUUAUCAGACCAAAAAAUAUAAGUGAAUAAAUAGAGAAACCCUCAGGAAGAUUUAUGGCUGUUAGUAUGGCACCUGAAGACUGUGAUGUGAUCUCAAUCUUCUGCAAACAUGAAAUCAAAUAUAUGCCAGUUGAAAUAAACAUAAUCUUUCAGUAUUCUUGCUGUUGAUGAAUCCUUUCUAUUUUAACUGGUGCUGUUAAAAUUGGUUCGUAAGCUUGCUGCCCCUUUCCUGUGGAAAAUAUCAGG